GUACUUCAACAACCAAGAGAUGGCCUCGUUAAUCGCGAUAUUAGAUUUAAAAGGAAAAUCCUUAAUACAGAGAUCUUAUAAGGAUGAUAUUCCACCAUCUGCUGUAGAGAAGUUCAUGCCUAUAGUACUAGAAAUGGAGGAAGAUCUCCAAACUGUGACGCCUUGUUUUAGCAAAGAUGGUAUCAACUAUAUGCACAUAAAAUACUCUAAUUUGUACAUACUCGCUCUAUCAAAGAGUAACUCAAACGCAGCAGAAAUUAUCCUCUUCUUGCACAAGUUAGCAUCUGUCUUCACUGAGUACUUUAAAGAGUUGGAAGAGGAAUCUAUUAGAGACAAUUUCGUUAUCAUUUACGAAUUAUUCGAUGAAAUGAUGGACUAUGGUCACCCACAAACGACAGAGUCCAAAAUAUUGCAAGAGUACAUCACUCAGGAAUCUCACAAGUUAGAGGUUCAAGCUAGACCUCCAAUGGCUGUCACAAACGCCGUCAGUUGGCGUAGUGAAGGUAUCCGAUAUCGCAAAAACGAGGUAUUCUUGGAUGUUGUUGAAUCUGUCAACAUGCUAGUGAAUGCAUCAGGUAACAUUAUCAGAAGUGAAAUAUUAGGCGCCGUUAAAAUGAAAUGCUUCUUAUCCGGCAUGCCAGAAUUGCGAUUAGGUUUGAAUGACAAAGUCAUGUUCGAAACAACAGGUAGAACAAACAGAGGGAAGAGUAUUGAAAUGGAAGACGUCAAAUUCCACCAAUGCGUUAGGUUGUCGAGAUUCGAGAAUGACAGAACUAUCUCGUUUAUUCCUCCAGAUGGUGAAUUCGAGCUGAUGAGUUAUAGAUUGUCAACAUCAGUCAAGCCGCUCGUUUGGGCAGAAGCUAGCAUCGAAUGUCAUUCAGGAUCGAGAGUCGAGUAUACCGUUAAAGUUAAAGCUAAUUUCAAGAAGCGCUCAUCUGCAAACAACGUCGAAAUCCUGAUUCCAGUACCUGACGACGCUGAUACCCCUAAGUUUAGAAGUGCAACUGGUUCUGUAAGCUAUGCGCCUGAUCAGAGCUGCUUCAUUUGGAAAAUAAAGCAAUUGGCAGGAGGAAAAGAGUUCCUACUCAGAGCAGAAUUUGGUCUUCCGAGUGUGAAAGGUGAUGAUGUACAGUCCAAGCGUCCGAUUUUGGUCAAAUUCGAAAUUCCUUACUUCACCGUAUCUGGUAUACAAGUACGCUACCUCAAGAUAGUCGAAAAGAGUGGAUACCAAGCUUUGCCUUGGGUCAGAUACCUCACUAAUGAUGGUGACUACGCAUUACGCACUAACAUAGAUAGGACAAAUAAUGCUAGCAGUUUAACAAAUUAAAAAAGAAUGCCUGUCUUAUUGUAUCAAUUAUUAAUUUCAGUAUUCCGG